UUGUUUACCAUGUGAACCCUGCUUAUCCUUGUGCAUGACAAUUGUGGCAAAUCGCUGCUGCCUUGCAUGCUUGCAACUAUUGGGAACUGGUUUGACUAACAAUAAACCAGUGGUCUCAUGGUACGAUGCUGCUAUUAAAUUGGCUUGAGUGGGUAAACUGAGUUGAGUUGAAUGGGUUCAAAAAUGCAGAAAACCCGAGACCUUCGACUUAGUCUUGGAGUGCAAUUUUUUUUGGGAAGGCUGAUGCUGAUGAAGAUAGUUUGCAGGCAGAAGUUUCUUCCUUUAUUUUCCCAGACAACCUUCAUUGCUAGGGGGCAGCCUGGGCAAAGGAACCAUCGCUUCUUGGCUGUGUUACUAGCGGCGUCCAUGACUGGAUUAAACAAAUGUUCAAAAAAUCAAGGCAGCUUCAGAUGAAUUAAUCUUAGUUUCGAAGCAAUUAUUAUUCCACCAGUCUGGAACUGGAUGUCUACGCAAAUAAGAGAUCACAAGAAAGAAAGAGAGAGAAUGGAGGAAGCAAUGGCACCGAGGUAUUGGUGUCACAUGUGCUCUCAAAGGGUGAACCCAAUAAUAGAAGUUGAGAUAAAAUGUCCAUUUUGUCAAAGUGGAUUUGUAGAAGAAAUGAGUAGCAGUACAAGGGAAAAUCAGGAGCCUGAUUCCGAUUUUAGUUCUGAUCGUGCACUCUCCCUUUGGGCUCCAGUCUUGCUUGGAAUGAUGGGAAAUCCUCGUGUACGUAGAAGAGUUAGAAGAAUGGAGCCCGAAGAAGAUGGUAAUGAUAGUGAUGGCGGUGAGGCACACCAUGGAGGAGAAAGUGAGUUAUAUGGUGAGCUUGAGUCAAUCAUGAGGAGAAGGAGAAGAAGUUCAGGUACAAUAUCACAAUUGCUUCAAGGUAUUCGAGCUAGAACGGUAUCUGAAUCAGAUAACUCUGAAGGAGAUAGGAGUAGAGAUGGGGAUAGAGAUAGAAUUAGAGCUAGAGAUAGGGAAAGAGAACGAGUCAUUUUGAUCAAUCCAUUGAAUCGUACUAUCAUUGUUCAGGGUUCAUAUGAUUCAAGCAAUGGUCAAAAUCAGAAUCACACUCUCAUUGGGUCAUUAGGUGAUUAUUUCGUAGGACCUGGUUUGGAUUUGUUGUUGCAGCAUUUGGCAGAGAAUGAUCCAAAUAGGUAUGGUACUCCACCAGCACAAAAGGAGGCAAUUGAGGCAUUGCCUACUGUAACAGUGAAAGAAACUUUGCAGUGUUCAGUUUGUUUGGAUGAUUUCGAGAUUGGCACCGAGGCAAAGGAAAUGCCUUGUAAGCAUAAGUUUCACAACUCAUGUAUAUUACCAUGGCUGGAACUUCAUAGUUCUUGCCCAGUUUGCAGGUUUCAGUUGCCUGCUGAUGAGUCCAAGUCUGAUUCUGAGAGGUCUCGGAUCAGCAUUAAUCGGAGGGAGAUCAACAAUACCGACAAUAACAAUAGCAGUAGUACUACUGAUAGUAGUAGAAAUAAUAAUCACCAUCAUCAUCAAGGAAAUAGCAAUGCAGUGAGAGAAGGGGAGGGAAGAAAUGGAAAUGGGAGAAGGUUUUCAUUUCCAUGGCCUUUCAAUAGUUUGUUCUCCUCUUCCUCGGGGUCUCAAUCUGCUGGAAGCAAUUCAAGCUCAGCUUCAUUGUCAAAUGCUUCUGGAAAUGCUUCUCAAAUAGAUGAGAAUUGAAUUAUAAUUUUUCUUUGGUUGGCACUGGCCAUACUAGCUGCUCGUUGUGUUAGUUGCUUGGAUUUGUAUUGCCUUGUUUAUGUGCAUAGCAUGUUAUUAUUUAAAGCCUGAAUCUUUGAACAGAAGGGUUGUAUUCUGAGCUGCAACCCUCGUCAUUUAUUUAAUUUGCAAGAAGAAAUCAGUUCCUGCUCUA